AUGCCAACCGAACCCCGCGAUUGUCCGCCUCAAUCCCGACCUCUCCUGGUCCAUGGCACAAGAGCCGCUCCACCUCAACCAGACGCCCAGAAGACUGUUGGGAUCGGACCUGGCAUCCCAUUCGCAAGUAAGGUGCUCGAGCUCACCCCGGAGAUGCAGGCAGUGAAGCUCGUCCCCUGCGCCCGCGACAUGUGCCACCUCCACCAGUGGCAGCGCAGGGAGGACCUGUAUGAUGACUUGAUCGCCAGGGCCAAGGCGGCUGAUCAGAACGGCUCCCAGCUCGCUGCAUUACUUUGGCGGCAGGGUGGCGCGGAUGGCUUCCAUAUAGAGGACACCGAGAAUUACCGACUGAAGCUUGUCCAGUUCUUCGAAGACCUGAGGAACGAUCUCCAUCCUUCCCUCCUCAUCAUCAUGGAAAUCGUUCGAGACUCUCAACUGGCAGUCGACAUGCUGAACCUUAUGAAGAUAGACCAUCGGGGUCCCCCUUACAUGCCUGACCGCACCCACGUAACCCCUGAUGGGCAGGUUUUGGUGAGGGAGCUCAUGGCAGAGGUCUACUUGCCAAGAAUUCUGACUCCGCGUCCGCCGCUGUCCAAGGCACGAUAA